AGCAAUACUGACGCAGCAGCGGAGCGAUCCAAGGGAGUGAUGGGGCAUUUCUCUCUGCUUAUAUAGACUGCCUAAUAAGGUGGGUGUGUGUUAUAGAUGAUUGUGGAGAGCGAGGUAUGUCACAUGAUGUACAUCACGUGAUUGGAGCAGCUCAGCUCAAAUUGGCUGCCUGAACUAGCUCGCAGGCGUCGCUCCAUUUUUGGUUCCAAGCAGUGUUUGAUUUUGUGUAUCAUGACAUAUCCAUGUGGUGGCGUUUCCGGCAUGUGAGGAAACAUCGAAAACGUGUAAAGCAGUGAAUAAAACUGGGUUGUCCUGUUGGCACAGGAGUGGCACCUGCAUCUUUUUUUCAGUGCUCAAGUGGCUGGACAAUAAAAGAGCCCCACCUUGUGCUGGUACUCUGAGAAAGAUGAGAGCAUCUUUCAGUAAAACUUCGUUCCUCGCAAAGGUAGCUGCUCUUGGCCUCAUCUGCUCUACUGUUGCCUUCUUUAUAUAUUUUGAGCCUCCAGCUUCUUUGUGUCUGCCUACGUCCACAUUGGCUGAGAACAAAACUGAUGAAGCCCCAGAGCCAGCUGAAAAGCCCAUUGUCCUGCUGUGGUUCUGGCCUAUUGGUGUAGUGUUUGAUUUAAAAAAAUGUGAAACCCACUUCAACAUUGAUAGCUGCACACUGACUGAUGACAGAUCACUGUACAGCCAAGCAGAGGGAGUCAUUUUCUUCCAUAAAGACAUAAACUGGCAUUUAAUCAACAUGCCCAAGGAGCCACGUCCAUAUUUUCAGAAGUGGAUUUGGUUCCAUGUGGAAUCUCCGACCAACACAUUGAAGAUUCCAGGUCUGGAAAAGCUGUUCAACUUAACGCUGAGCUACAGACGAGAUGCUGACAUCACAGUGAGGAAUGAGGUCACGAUCAAGAAAACAGAGACAGAGGAGGAAUUUGUUCUGCCCAAGAAAGACAAACUGGUGUGUUGGAUUGUCAGUAACAACAACCCAGCUACUGGAACAGCUUCAAGAGAGAAAUAUUACAGAGAACUGUCCCAACACAUAAAGAUUAAUGUCUUUGGUGCUGCUUUUAAUGGACACCAAUUGAAAUAUGAAGACUAUUACCCAACCCUCGCAAGUUGUAAAUUUUAUCUCUCGUUUGAGAACUCGCUCCACAAAGACUACUUCGUAGAGAAGGUCAACGGGCCCCUCGUAGCAGGGGCGGUCCCUGUAGUUCUGGGUCCACCAAGAGAAAACUAUGAGCAGUUCCUUCCCAGGGGUUCCUUUAUUCAUGUAAAUGAUUUCCCUGAUGCUAAAGGACUGGCAGAGUUUCUGCAAGGCCUGGACAAGGAUCAUGAUGCAUACAUGAGUUACUUUGAGUGGAGAAAGCAUUAUAAAGUCACCCCUCAUCUUUUGUCAAUGAGCAAUGAAUUCAUUCAUCCUAUCUGCCUCGCCUGUGACCACAUCUCAAAAUACAAAGAAUACCAUGUUAUCAAUGAUCUUUAUGGGUGGUACUUUUCAUGAAAACUACAAAAGCAAAAGUCCAGCUCCAUUCAUUCAGCAGACACUGGUUUAAUCUGUCUUCACUUGCCGCCUAUUUAUGAUUCGUUCAGAUGAUCCAGUAGGACCAGUUGAGAUGGAGACAAAGAUGCUUCAGACUGUUUCAGUGCAGAAUUUGCUUUGAAUUUUCUGUCAUGUAAAAUGUUCAUUCUUGUUUUCUUUAAGUGUUUUACAACAGUAAACAUUGGAGGAAAAGGUUGCUGCAUUGGUGCUAGGUUUAAAUAUGAGUUGUUUUGGUUGAUCUAGAUAGGACUAAUAGAUAAGUAAACAUGUGACUAUCUACCAUCUCAAAAUACAAAGAAUACCAUGUUAUCAAUGAUCUUUAUGGGUGGUGCUUUUCAUGAAAACUACAGUCAGAACAUCAUCUGACUGAACACAAUGAGACCAUUUACCCUCAAUUUAAAAAAUUUUUUUCUUCUUUUUGUCCAUCAAAGUGUACCCUCUGUACUCAACAGUGGAGGUAAAAAUUUAGUGCUGGAGCUGAGGAAGAUAGAUGCUGCUGCAAAUUCACUGGGGUCAAAUAUGUGAUCGACAAAUGGGACCCGUCUGAUUCGAAUUGGAAGCAAGUUCAAUUAUUAUUUUACAUUUAUUUUAGGUUUGCUUUGUUUCAAAUUUCAUAAUAAUCAUAAUAAUUUUAAAUUUUGAAUACCAUUUUAAUGUUUUUUGGUGUUUUGUGCAGAUUUAACAUCAGCAGUAUUGAUACGGGCUGUGUUAAUAAAAGGGUAGGGGAAGCAUAAUACUCUGGUGAGAGGCCGAAGUCCACUUUUUCAUGAAAAGGUGAGGCAAACAGGUGUGGUUUUACAGCACUAGUUUCAUUGUGUCAUGUUCCUGAAGUAACCUGGUUACAUUUGGCUGAUGGAAAUGUGAAUGUCUUGUUUGCAAACUUUUACCAUCGUACAAUUUAUAUUAACACCAUGUGCUUUUGUGUGCAGAAGUGAACCCUGUUAAUGUUGUUAUCACCGCACAGCUUAUAAACUGGCAUAUGAACAACAUGGCUAAGGAGCCGUGUCCAUCUUUUGACAUCUGACACCACGAAGAAACUGGUUCUGGAUAACAAUGAGCUACAGAUGCACAGCUUCACAGUCACUGUUUGAUGAGGAUUUAACUCCUGAACGUUGUAAAACAGGUGUGUCCUUCAGUUUACCUUGCCCAUAUUUUAGGUAAGAACAUAUUGUGGCUGAGUUACUCUUCGCAAGUGUGCACAAUGACUCAUUGACCUUUGAGGGGCUCUGUGUUACUUUUAUUAAUCAGUAGCAGGAAUGCAAUGAAUCAUGAUAUUGUACGAAUACUUGUGAGUAACUUUUGACCCUUGUCAUUCCACAUUUCCACUCAUCUGCCGAAUAAAUGUUGACGGUGUGAAUCAAGGUUGAGGUUUUAAAGUAAAUAAAAAUACUUGAAAACAA